AGAUCUUCCUGAAAGAUUUUACUCCAACGAUCCUGAUUUUAAAUGGAAACUAAUUUUAGCUGUUGUAACACAUCUGAUGAUGUAGACAAAUCUCUAACACCUGGACGGAUAAUCAUUGGCACAUUUCUCGUUUUAAUUACUGCCUUUACUGUGUUUGGAAAUAUUCUUGUUUUGGUUGCAGUGAAAAGAGAAAAACAACUGCAAACAAAAUUUAAUACCUAUAUAGUUAAUUUAGCAGUGACCGAUUUAACUGUAGCUUUAUCUGCAAUGAGUUUCUAUACAACUGAUAAUAUUUUGGGAUAUUGGCCAUUCGGAAAGUUCCUCUGUGGAGUGUGGAUUUUCAACGAUUAUGGAAUGACAUUUGCCUCCGUUUUUACUAUAAUUGUAAUAUCAAUCGACAGGUUCUGGGCAGUAACAUGGCCGAAUCACUACAAAAACCACCAUACAAAGAAAAAGUGUGCGGUAUCAAUUGCAAUUAUAUGGAUAUGUAUGGUAGUUCUGUGGCUUCCUUCCUGUAUUGUGGACCGGGUUAGUCAUGCAGAUAUAGAUGGUACUGUUUGUAUAUGGGAUCCAGCUCUGAAUCAAAAAUUUGUUAUUGUCAUAGCAAUAAUAGGUCAUCAUGGGUCAUUCUUUGUAAUACUGUUCUGCUAUAUUCGUGUAUUUUACACUCUUAGAACGCGAAAUAGUAUUGCAAGAAGAAUAAGACCAACGCCAGUUACAGUUCAAAAUCUCUCUGUUAUUUACCCCUCUACAAUAGAAACAAAAGUGUCUUCACCGGAAACGAAAUACGAUGACUUAUCAUCACUAGAAAUCACUGGAGAUCAUUUAAAACCUGGAAACGUAAGAAAAAACUCGAAUCCAGGAUCAACAGGAGUACAUGCAACAACAAGUAAAAGCGAACAUGCAGAAUCUGAGAAAAAAACACAUGUUUCAACUCGAGACAGGAGAGCAUUCGUCACACUGACGUACAUUAUUAUAGGUUAUGUAAUAUGUUGGUUUCCUUUUCAUAUAGUGUUUGACGUAAGUGCUGUCAAACCAGACGCUGUUUCACACACGGUGUACUUAAUUACAUUCUGGUUAACUUAUAUUAACUCUACUAUAAAUCCAUUUUUGUAUAAUUUUAGUAACCCCGAAUUUCGUAAAGCGUUUAAAAAAAUCUUACUACGAAGAAAAUAAAUAACCUCAUGCGUUUAUAUUUUUGCUGAGUUGAUCAAAAUAGCCAUUGUGUCCUUAAGAAUGUUUUUAUAAUAAUCACAUGCACUUGGCUUUUUAAUAAGCUGGUGGUCCCAUUAUUUAUUCUAGUACCUUAUUAUAUGUCCUUGAUGUAAUUAUUUUGUUAUGAAAUUCUGUUUUUCUUUUAGAAAAUUGGAUUGGGGUUUAUAUCUUCCAUCUCAUUUAUAAGGCUCGAUGAAAUUACUGUUUAUGUGAAGGUUUGAUUGUAUAAUCAGUUGAAAUUGUCAUUGCAUAAAACACAUUACGCUCAAUCAAGACUAUCAUAUAACAUCGAGAGUAAUCAGAGUAUAUAAUAUAGAUAAUAUGACACACCCUU